UCAACCGUCGCGUCAUACCUCGCGUGGCCAACGGCUCUCCGCCGACUGCUCGCGUCGCCCGUUGAAUCACUCGACUCAGCCCGUUCGCCUCACUUUGGGGAGAAAAUACGGAAUAAAAACCAGGCCGGACUUCCCCAUUAAACGCCGGUUACCGCAGACACACUUCCCCGGCCUCCCGUUUGUCUGACUGCGGCGGCGGGGCGUGCUUUUCCUGGGUUCGCUGGCUGGGUUUGCUCGGACAGGCAGCGGGGAGUUAACGCUCGCGGAGCUGGUCCCGAGUGAUGAUGGAGCUAGAGUCGGCCAGUAACAGAGGCGAACUGGGAGCUGUGGGGGACUCUCUGCAGCCACAGACUCCCAGCAGGCACGAAAAGAGCCUGGGGCUGCUCACGACCAAGUUUGUGACUUUACUACAGGAGGCGAAGGACGGAGUGCUGGAUCUGAAAGCGGCCGCAGACACCUUGGCAGUGCGGCAGAAACGGCGAAUCUACGACAUCACCAACGUGUUGGAGGGAAUUGGGCUGAUAGAGAAGAAAUCCAAGAACAGCAUCCAAUGGAAGGGUGUAGGUCCAGGAUGUAACACCAGGGAGAUCGCCGAUAAGCUAAUUGAUCUGAAGGCCGAGCUGGAUGACCUGGCUCUUAGGGAGAACGAGCUGGACCAGCAGAGAGUUUGGGUCCAGCAGAGCAUCAAGAAUGUAACGGAUGACUCUAACAACAGCCCUAUGGCAUAUAUCAGACAUGAAGACCUCUGUGGGGCUUUCAAAGGUGAGACUCUGCUAGCAAUCCGGGCUCCCAUCGGCACACAACUAGAGGUCCCCAUACCCGAGUCUGUCCUCAACGGGCAGAGGAAAUACCAGAUCCGUCUCAAGAGCUCAUCUGGUGCCAUCGAGGUUUUGCUGGUCAAUAAAGACCCGUCCAGUUCCUCACCUGUUGUGCUGCCCGUGCCUCCUCCAGACGACAUCCUUCAAAGCCUCCCCGUACCGACGCCUACCUCUCAGCCGCCCACGGCUGUCCCACAGUUCUCCAAAACUGCUCCAGCAAUGAUUGCAAAACCCGGCCCGGCCGCAAUAACAGCUGUAGCAGCCACCGCGACAACCCCAGUAUCAGAAGCGAAGAGCGCCGCGCCGCUCCCCCCUACGACAAACACGCCUGCUGCUGCUACUCAGCAGCUGCAGUCUUCUGCCUCGCUGGAUGGAUCUGCGUCCUCUUCUGCGUCCGCAGGGUUUCAACCAAUUAAGUCGGAUCCGUCUGAAUUGCUGGACUUUCCCAAAGAGCUUUCUGACAUGUUUGAUCCAACAAAAGAGAUCAUCAGCGGAGACCUUCUGGAGGACCUGAUGUCAUCAGAAGUGUUCUCGCCUCUCCUCCGUCUGUCCCCCCCGCCCAGCGACCACGACUACAUAUACAACCUGGAUGAGACAGAGGGCCUUUGUGACCUCUUCGACGUGCCCAUCCUCAAUCUCUGACCCCUGAGGUCGAUGUCGGAGUGGGAAACGGCUCCCCAAACAUGCUAAUUCCCUUUUCUCUCCCAAGCGUCUCCCCCGCUCACUGACGGCGAAGGUGAGUGGCGGCGCAGGAACGCCGAUUUGAUCCGACGAGCGUCUUGAGGACACCUGAGCUCAGACCGUUGCUCCGAGGGCAGCCCUGUGAACACGUACCGGCAUGACCGAAAACAUCUUACUUCCUGCUUUUCCAAGGAAGCCGAGUCAAAGCAAAGUGACAAAUAAUUAUAUUUUUAAAUGGCUAUGUAUGUCAAAGCAGUGUGUUUGGGUAACGGCGGCAUGUGUGUGUGCGUGUGCGUGUGAGUUUCGUAUUGAAAGCUCUCUUAACUUGAGUCCGAUGUCUCUAGAGGGGGUACAAAUGGAGAACCCCUUUUUUUUUAUCAGGUAACUAGUCCCGGCAGACUAACGGAGCACAGCCCUCGUCACACGGCAGCUGCUUAUGCAUGGCUGCAACGAGUCCACACACAGCUGGUUAAAUAUGCACUGCCCUUAUGUACAUAGAGAAUAUAUAUUUUGAAUUACCAGCACGCGAGUGUGUAAUAAUGAACUUCAUUUGUAACUAAGGCAGAUCAUUGGUCUGUAAAUGAACAAAGGUCCCGAUACGCUAACGCUCGUGCUGUCUGUAUGGCGCGCCGUGUUCAGUCCGGGGCAUUUCGUCUCAAACCCUCCAGUGUCGGAGGUGUGUUUGUGAACCAUUUACAGAAAGCGGAAAGCCAAUAAAAUAUAUGUAACAAAGAGGCACAGACCAAAACUAGAGGUCUAGUUGGAGAAUUUUACCGUGCUACUCGUUUUAUUCUUUUUGAUUUUAUUUAUGUGAACACUGUCGAGGUCAACGUGGUGCUCAUAAAAAUGAAAAAAAAAAUUAAAUGUGUCUGCCACGUCUCCACUGAUCAUGAAUUAUAGCCCAGCUUUCCGUUUUAUUUUGCCUCUGUACUUUCGGACCUUGCUAUUUUUAUUGCCUCUGAUUAUUAUAAAACAUAACUGGGGCACAUCAAAGGACCCCCCCCCCCUCACUCUCUAAAAAGACUUCUGUUUCUUUUGUCUUUUAAUUAUGUAUGUAUAUGAUCCCAUACCACCAUACUCCGUUCAUGUUUAUGGAAAGGGACUUUUAUGUAUUUUUACUGAGCGAAUAUGGUCACGAUGUCACUGACGACGCACGUGUGUUUGCUUGUUUGUAUAUUUGGUAAAGAUCCCUAUUCAGUAGUUUAUUCCAUGUCCUUUCUGUUUCGCGUGUAAUGAGUUAUUUGACUCUGAUCCGUCUCCCUCUGCAGGGAGCAGGUGAGUAGCAGCUCAGGAUGAGUCGUUGCGUGUCAAACUGUUAAAGUUCGUCCGAUAUCAACAUCAAUCAUGUUUCUACAUGGCUCCUCCAUGUGGUGUGAUAAUGUCCCGUUUUGCCCCGGAUUAAGUCUAUGUAAAGUAUGUGCUGUUUAUAUCCAUCACUACCGCUUGUAUAGGAUAGCCUUUAUUUUUUUAUACCCGAUAGAUCUAUUACUACUGCUACGUAUUUGGGGCUUCACUUAAUGGUGUUUUGAAUUCCUCCACUGCUUCGUCAAAGCGUCUUGUCUCCUUGUUGCACUUUACAUCACUGUGGACCGAUUGGUUGUUUUUCAGCCGAUUAGUAACGAGUCAUCAUGUUUGGGCGGCGUCAUGAGUUUUUUCAGUAGAGAAGCCCGGCAGCAAUGUUUGGAAUGAAUCAAGACAUUGUGGGACGGCUUGAGAGUCGUUCUACACACAGUUUUUUUUUUUUUUUUUUUUACCAGAUUCUCUAUAUGCUAAGCUAUAGUUGCAUCAAAUGAAAUAAAAUAAACGCUUUGGCAUUCCUGAA